AGUGGGUGGGCCCUCGGCAUCAUGCAUCUGCCAGUAAUAGGACACACGGAUCGUCAGUCUUCGUCAUUCUCGCCCGGGAUUGGUCGAGGAGCUCUACUUUCCAAUAAUAUAAACAUGUCUACGGCUUGCCUGACUUGAACCAAGGCUUACGGGGGACUAUGCAGUGCUACAUCAAACUGUAUAAAAACUCUCAUUAUGUGUUUGCCUGUGUUGUAGCAGGGCUAAAUCUUUAUUAUUGGUAGAGAAUAUGCACAUAGCUGCACGUGCACGCGUGAGGAAACGAGGAUAUCCUGCUGCCGCUGCCGCGAGAAAGAGAGAGAGGGGACUCUGCCGUUCUUUCAUCAUUAUAAUCACCAUCCUAAGUACUAGCUCUUAACAUUUUGUUUUUCGGUGUUCAGGCGAGAAGUGACAAGAAUAUAGACCCCUCCUCUGCAGGGCGGAGCGUGCAUUUUCAUUUCGUAUUUUGUAUUUUUUUUUUAUUAUUUUUUUUUCUACCCCUGUUCCCUGCUCUGACACGUCUGCACUGAGUGAGUGGCAUUGGCACGCUGUCAAUCGCUCACUACCGCUGCCAUCAAACAACAUAAAACACACACAGGCAGAGGCUGGAGCUCAUAAAUUUCAGCAGGGCAAGAUAUUUUUUUGCGCAUCGCCUUUAUACAGCGUUGUAUCCUAAUUAAUUUCUUCUCGCUGUUGCUUUUUUUUUUCUAAACAGCAAUCUCCCAACUUUUUGUACAUUUCAUAUUUUUAUAGCCACAUUUGGACACCUUAUGCUGCAGAUUGAGCUGAUUUUUUUUUAACUACUAUCAGUUGUCGUGGGAAUCAUUUCUUUACAUUUAAACACCUGCAAGCGUAAGAUUGCUUUUUUAUUAUUAUUUGUGUAUACGUUUUCACGUUGGAUAUUUUUUAUUUUUUAAUUUUUUUUUUUUUUUUUUUAAUUUUUGCUGCCAGUGCUUCGCGAAGAGGAUUUGGACAUUUUCGAGAGGAAAUGCGCCGGGAAUCCCAUGAAGAGCGCUAAUAAAUGAGAGAUCACCAAGGAGCGUUUCUGUCCAUAGCAGCCGUCAAAUCGCAGAGAAAAGACAGAUUGGUAUGAGGAUUCGCGCCGGAUACGAUGGACCGUCAAUUUUGACAAAGAAGUUUUAACAAAACGAAACAAGAUUUAUGCGUUUUUCUACAAACACAGCCACGCGUUUUGGCACUUUGGACCGCGCGUAAAACAGCAAGAGGACACCGAGAACUUGGAAGCAAGAUUUACGUUAAAACAUCACUGCUAUAGUGUGUAUUAAAAAUAAUAAUAAUCGCGUGUGCUGCCUUUCACGUGCGAUUCCCACAGUCUUUCAUAUUUGUUGUCUGCGGCACAUGCAGUAGCCCAUUUCGUAUAUGAGUUUUUCAAUUUGUGUGGCUCAGUGCACAGACUCUUUAGCGGCUACCAUGGACGAUCAAGCCCGGAUCAUGCAGUCGAUCGGCGGUGUCAGUCUGGCCGGCCACUCGGUACAAGGAGGCAUGGCACUGCCGCCUCCACAUGGACACGAUGGGACGGACGGAGACGGAAGAAAACAAGACAUUGGUGACAUUCUGCAUCAAAUAAUGACCAUAACCGAUCAAAGUCUGGACGAGGCGCAAGCAAAAAACAGGAAACAUGGACUGAACUGUCACAGAAUGAAACCAGCACUCUUCAGCGUUCUCUGUGAAAUCAAAGAAAAGACAGGUCUCAGCAUCCGUGGUGCCCAGGAGGAGGACCCCCCGGACCCACAGCUCAUGCGUCUAGACAACAUGCUGCUGGCAGAGGGAGUGGCGGGACCAGAGAAAGGUGGCGGAUCUGCUGCUGCGGCCGCCGCUGCGGCGGCCUCGGGUGGGGCGGCCGACAACUCCAUCGAACAUUCCGACUACAGAGCCAAACUCACCCAGAUCAGACAGAUCUACCACACGGAGCUGGAGAAAUACGAACAGGCAUGCAACGAAUUCACCACCCACGUGAUGAACCUGCUGAGGGAACAGUCUCGCACGCGGCCCAUCUCUCCCAAAGAGAUCGAGCGCAUGGUGGGAAUCAUCCACCGCAAGUUCAGCUCCAUCCAGAUGCAACUGAAGCAGAGCACCUGCGAGGCCGUCAUGAUUCUGCGCUCCAGAUUCCUCGACGCCAGGCGGAAAAGGCGAAACUUCAGUAAGCAGGCGACAGAAAUCUUGAACGAAUAUUUCUACUCGCACCUCAGCAACCCGUACCCGAGCGAGGAGGCUAAAGAGGAGCUGGCCAAGAAGUGCAGCAUCACAGUUUCCCAGGGGGUGGGAAGCACCAUCACAGUAUCACAGGUAUCCAACUGGUUUGGCAACAAAAGGAUCCGGUACAAGAAAAAUAUCGGCAAGUUUCAAGAAGAAGCCAACCUCUAUGCCGCCAAGACUGCUGUAAAUGCAGCACACGCUGCAGCCGCUGCAGUGCAGAACAGCCAGGCCAACUCCCCUACCACACCUAACUCCGGAUUCCAGAUGAAAGAUGAAGAGUUUCAGCUGGAUUCUGCAGAGAGCAAAAACACUCUUUUAAGCAACAUGUUUACUGGUUCUUCAGGUUCUUUUAACCUCCCAAACUCUGGGGACAUGUUCUUGAGCAUGCAGAGUCUGAAUGGGGAUUCUUACCAAGGGGCACAAGUCGGAGCCAAUGUACAGUCACAGGUGGAUACCCUGCGCCAUGUUAUCAGUCAGACGGCAGGAUACAAUGAUCCUCUAGGGGGAAACACCAUGUACAGUCCACAUGGCUUGAAUGCUAAUGGGGGAUGGCAAGAUGCAACGACUCCGUCUUCUGUAAUAUCUCCAACAGAAGGACCUGGAAGUGUGCACUCUGAUACCUCGAAUUGAUCCGCUGUUAAUGCAUCUUCGCCUCAAGCAGGGCAUGGACUUUUUUAACUGGCUGACCCAACCGCAAAGAAUAUAUUUAAAAAAAAAAACACACAAAACAAACAAACAAAAAAAAACAAAAAACUUUUCACAACAGAUUGGUUUUCCUGUAAAUUUUCCGGUGACCAUGCCGCACGCAUACACAUGACGUCCUCCAUUAUGAACACCAAGUGUUUCCUGAUCGCUCAGUGUUUUCUUUCUGUGCUCAUGAAUCAAGUGUAGUCGCCAUGCUUUUUAUUUGUUUGUUUUAGGGGUAAACACGCGCGCGCACACACGCACACGCACACGCACGCACGCACGCACAAGCGUACGAAUAGACACGUCCCACAGAUGUUACUCUGUAAACUUUUCAGGAUAAUUAUCUCAUCUGAGCUCAAAAUACCGGAUGACACUCGUGUAAUUUCCGUGACAUUUUAUGACAUUUUAAAUGCCCAUUUGUCUGAUUGGUGAUUUAAUUACUACAUCCCAUUUUGAUAAUUGGUUUCCCUUUCAGUCCUUACAAUACAUAGAUUAAAGCAGUUGUUUCUUUGACUGUAAUGUGCUCCCAGUCUUGUCCGGCAACUCAACAAUGCUGCUGUUGACAGCUCAAUGGCAGCUUUGUAGUUACUUUCAAGAUUUAUUUUUGCCUUACAGCUGUAUACAUUAGUGCGAGGAAAUGACUAUUCAAACUCUGGAACAUAAAGAAGUGUAAUUGAUUGCUUGACUACAACAUGACACCGUUCCAUAUUUUAUAAUUCGAUGUUUAGUAUGUACAUAUGUAAACAUUUUUCUUUUCUUUUCUUUUUUUUUUUUUCUACUGCUUAUGGAAAUAAAAUCCUCCCCCGCAUAGUAGA